GCACUCUCUCCUCGGGCGCACGGAGCAAUAAAGGCUCGUCGUUUCUUUCGAGGCAAAAGCAUAGAAAGAGAGGGGGCCACUGAGAUUUGAUUGGCUGAGGAAGGCAGAGCCAAAAACACUGUGGCCAGGAAACGGCUCGAAUUUCGGGGGACGUAAGGAGGAGAAAAAAUCUAGUAAACCUGACAAAGCGUCUGAGAACAGUACUAGGAUUGUCUGGGAAGAAGACGCUCUGCCGCGAGGGAUCAUAUAUUGAUGGAUUCUAUGUUUUUGGAGAGUUUAUGUUCUUUUUUUACCAAUUAGUUCAUCAUAAAUUGCAGACCUUUCGUUUGGAUGAAGAAUGCGCUCGCUCUGGUACACUGACAUUUGAGUUGACUAGCAACUUGGUGAAGAAGUUUCAGGGACGUAGCUAUGUUUUUCUAGUUAUUUUUCAAGGAUAUGGAUUUAAAUUCGGAUUUUUUAAAGUGCCAUGGAACAACAAUGACUUCGUGAUUUAAUAAUACAUUUUCAGUGAUUUUCUUUUGUUGCUCUUCCAAUUUGGGGAAAGUAAAAAAAAUCGCUGCUUGGCAUUUUUGGUGCAGUGGGGUGAAUUUGCUCCAUCGGGACUAGGCUACACAUUCCUCUCGAUUCGGCACAGGCACUCGCCUCCUGCCUUGUCCAUGCAUGCGAAUCGGAGUUCUUCCAGACUUUAGGUAGUUAUUCGUUCCUUUCCUCAGCCCAGGUGAUUGGGGGAAUUCACAGUGAGUGACAGGCCGGGCAGCCUGCAGUUGAUGGUUGGGUGGAGCCCCUCAGAUGGGAUCAGUGUCCAGGGGGAGGCAGAGCCUGAGGAGGGGGGGAUGGGGGACGGACUCACCCUCCACUAACGGGAUGGCCUCGUGGGCCUGGCUGCUCGCCACCAUCCUGCUGUCCCUAGCAACGGCUACUUUGGCAAGGCCGCCGUACACUGCCGCUGAGGAAGAGGAGGCUACGCUAGAACCUGAAGAGCCUCCGACCAAAUACCAAAUCUCUAAGCCCACCGUGUGCUCGGUGCACCCGGGGGAACUGCUGAAGCUCAGCUGCCUUCUGGCCGGGGAGCCCGGGGCCAUCACCUGGACUAAGGAUGGUUCCACUCUGGGGGCCAACAACCGCACCCUGAUAGAACAGGAGGUUCUGCAGAUCCGCGACGCCACGCCCAAGGACUCUGGGCUGUACGCGUGCAGCACUGUGGGCCCUCAGGGCAGCGACACUCUCUGCUUCAUAGUGAACGUCACAGAUGCCAUCUCGUCUGGGGACGAUGAGGACGACACAGAGCGAUCGGAGGACGUGGGGGCGGACGGAGAGCAGAUAAGGGCGCCCUAUUGGACGAUGUUGGAGAAGAUGGAGAAGAGGCUGCACGCGGUGCCUGCUGCCAACACAGUCAAGUUCCGCUGUGCUGCCGGGGGCAACCCACGUCCUAAGAUGCGCUGGCUGAAGAACAGCCGGCCAUUCCGACAGGAGGACCGCAUGGGCGGGUAUAAGGUGCGUCACCAGCACUGGACCCUGAUUAUGGAGAGUGUGGUGCCGUCAGACAAGGGCAACUACACUUGCCUGGUGGAGAACGCAUACGGCGCCAUCAAUCACACCUACACCCUGGAUGUAGUGGAACGGUCCCCCCAUCGGCCCAUUCUCCAAGCAGGGCUGCCAGCCAACACCAGUGUGCAAGUGGGGGAAGACGCACGCUUCGUGUGUAAGGUGUACAGCGACGCUCAGCCCCACAUUCAGUGGCUGCAGCACAUCCAGAAGAAUGGUAGUCGCACUGGCCCAGACGGACACUCCUACGUCCGCGUCCUAAAGACCGCAGGUGUUAACACCACGGACAAGGAGAUUGAAGUCCUCUACCUCCCCAAUGUCACUUACGAGGAUGCUGGGGAGUAUACGUGCUUGGCGGGCAAUUCUAUUGGGAUCUCCUAUCACACUGCUUGGUUGACGGUGCUUCCAGCCAGUAACGACGAGACGGUGACGGGUCUGAUGUCACCUGACUACGUGGAGAUAGCCAUCUACUGCAUCGGGGUGUUCUUGAUCGCCUGUAUGGUGGUCAUCGUGGUGGUGUGCCGGAUGAGGAAUACGGCUAAGAAGCCUGACUUUGGGAACCAGCCAGCGGUCCACAAACUCAGCAAGCAGAUACCUCUGCGCCGCCAGGUAACAGUGUCAAAUGACUCCAGCUCCUCAAUGAACUCCAGCACUCCGUUGGUCCGCAUCACCACACGACGCAGCUCGGCUGGCCACGACGACCCCAUCCCAGAGUAUGACCUCCCUGAGGACCCACGCUGGGAGUUCUCCAGAGACAGGUUGACUCUGGGCAAGCCAUUGGGCGAGGGCUGCUUUGGCCAGGUGGUGAUGGCUGAAGCGUUAGGCAUCGAUAAGGACAAGCCGAAGGAGGCCAUCACAGUGGCCGUGAAGAUGCUGAAAGACGAUGCUACAGAGAAAGACCUGUCUGACCUUGUGUCAGAGAUGGAGAUGAUGAAGAUGAUUGGGAAACACAAGAACAUCAUCAACCUACUAGGGGCCUGUACACAAGAUGGCCCUCUGUAUGUGAUAGUGGAAUAUGCCUCUAAAGGGAACCUGAGGGAGUACCUACGUGCCCGCAGGCCCCCUGGCAUGGAGUACUCCUACGAUAUUAACCGCUGCUCAGACGAACAGCUCGCCUUCAAGGACCUGGUCUCCUGUACCUACCAGGUGGCACGGGGCAUGGAAUAUCUCGCCUCGCAGAAGUGUAUACAUAGAGAUCUAGCAGCGAGGAAUGUCCUGGUCACAGAAAGCAACUUUAUGAAGAUUGCAGACUUUGGCCUGGCCAGAGACGUCCACAACAUUGAUUACUAUAAAAAGACAACUAACGGUCGUCUCCCGGUGAAGUGGAUGGCUCCUGAGGCUCUCUUCGACCGUGUGUACACUCACCAGAGCGAUGUCUGGUCAUUUGGGGUGCUAAUGUGGGAGAUCUUCACCCUGGGGGGUUCUCCGUACCCCGGCAUCCCCGUAGAAGAGCUCUUCAAGCUGCUGAAAGAGGGCCAUCGCAUGGACAAGCCUGGCAACUGCACCAACGAGCUGUAUAUGAUGAUGAAAGACUGUUGGCAUGCCAUUUCCUCCCAUCGACCCACCUUCAAGCAGUUGGUUGAGGAUCUAGACCGUAUCCUGACCCUGGUCACCAAUGAGGAGUAUCUGGACCUGUGUGCCCCAGCGGAGCAGUAUUCUCCCAGCUUCCAGGACACACGCAGUUCCUGUUCCUCCGGUGACGACUCUGUGUUCUCCCAUGACCCCUUACCAGAAGAGCCCUGCCUCUCAAAGUACCAGCACAUCAAUGGGGCCGUCAAAACAUGAGGCCUCCCCUCCUCAAUCCCUCCAUCGAGCCUGACCUGCCCCUCACCCUUACAACCCUCCCCCCCAAAGAGACACUUCCAUAGAGAGAAACUGAGAUAUACCCCCACGACUAACCCCCUCAAACCACAAACCUCCUGCCCCCCCAAACCCCCUCUGGCUCCCAAUGGACUUUAUUUUUUAUUUUUUUAUUCAACCAGAUAGGCCAUUUGAGAACAAGUUCUCAUUUACAACUGCGACCUGGCCAAGAUGAAGCAAAGCAGUGCGACAAAAACAAACAACACAGAGUUACACAUAAACAAACGUACAGUCAAUAACACAGUAGAAAAAAAUCUAUGUACAGUGUGUGCAAAGACAGAGUGUGCAAAGGACUAACGGACUGGAUGAGACUGGGCCGGUGGCAGCGCUGCUGUUAGAACUGAACACAUUCACCCACGUUUAUACCCAUGUUCAAGGUCUUAAGGAGAGGACAGGGACCCCCUUUCUUGCCGUUUUGUUAUUUGUUCGGUUGUCUUCCACAAGAGUUUGGAAUUUACAACUUGUGCCUUCCAUGAUUCCAUUCCGCUGACUGCCAUUCUAAGACUUUAGUUUGUGCCCAGAGGGAAAAUAUGGACCUUAAUGAACUGAAAAAACAAGGAACUCAAAAAGAGGACAGCAAAAUAGGAAGGGGAGUGAAAGAAGGCAUCAACUAACAAAAACGGUUAAAUAGGAGAAGAGCGCUUACAGACACAGCCUCUUGUUUAUAUUUUGUAAUAUUGUCUUUUUAUCUUCUCUUGAUAAUCCCACACACAUAUUAUUAUUAUGGCGAAAAAAUAAUGCAUAAAUAUAGUGCUGAGUAAAAUUGUAAAUAUAUUCAAAUAUGUAUAAAUAUAUAAAUAGUAUAUAUUUACAGUUAAUUAUUUUUUGUAUGGACUCCAGAAUAAUUCCCCCCUCUCCCGUCCUCCCUCUUUGGGUUUGAGACAGGUGUGUCAUCACCCAGGUUAUGUUUCUGUUCUCUUGUGUUUUUUUAAAGACACAAACACAAGCAUGCACACGUACACACACACACACACACACACACACACACACACACACACACACACACACACACACACACACACACACACACACACACACACACACACACACACCUGUCUCGCUCUCACACAAUGACACAGUGGAGUAUUAUUGGCUUUCAGGGAAAGAGAUAGCAUGUUAAUUUAUUUACUUUUUUAUGAAAUCAAAAAGUUGAAAAAAGAACAAAAAUAGUAAGAAAGAAUUAAUGCUAUUAAUGAUGCUGAUAACAAAGAAUAAAUAAUUCAUUAUUUUUAUUAUGGUCAUUUAAAAGUAUCAGAGGUAACAGAAAUAAAGCUAUUUUUGGUAGUGGGUGUUAAAAAGAUCCUGGUUUCGUACAUUUUAUAUAUAAAUGUGAAUAUUAAGUUACAAUUUAAAUACUGUACAUUUUAUAGUUUGCUAAUCCCUUUCUUAUGUAGAUGAUGCAGUUUCUAUCCAGUCAUUUGACUCUUUCUUAGGUUUGCAAAUGGAAUGAGAUUUCUGGAUAUUUACAGUACAUUCAGAAAGUCUUCAGACCCCUUCACUUUUUUCACAUUUUGUUACAUUACAGCCUUAUUCUAAAAUGUAUUAAAUAAAACAUUAUCCUCAUCAAUCUACACACAAUACCCCAUAAUGACAAAGUUAAAACAGGUUUUUGGACAUUUUUGCAAAUGUAUAAAAAAAUAAGAAUAAAAACAUUAUUUACAUAAGUAUUCAAACCCUUUGCAAUGAGACUCGAAAUUGAGCUCAGGUGCAUCCUGUUUCCAUUGAUCAUCCUUGAUGUUUCUACAACUUGAUUGGAGUCCACCUGUGGUGCAUUUAAUUGAUUGGACAUGAUUUGUAAAGGCACACACCUGUCUAUAUAAGGUCCCACAGUGAACAGUGCAUGUCAGAGUACAAACCAAGCCAUGAGGUUGAUGCAAUUGUCCGUAGAGCUCCGAGACAGGAUUGUGUCAAGCACAGAUCUGGUGAAGGGUAUAAAAAAAUUCUGCUGCAUUGAAGGUCCCCAAGAACACAGUGGCCUCCAUCAUUCUUAAAUGGAAGAGGUUUGAAACCACCAAGACUCUUCCUAGAACUGGCCGCCCUGCCAAACUGAACAAUCAGGAGAGAAGGGCCUUGGUCAGGGUGGUGACCAAGAACCCGAUGGUCACUCUGAAAGAGCUCUAGAGUCCGUUAGGAGAUGGUGGAACCUUCCAGAAGGACAACCAUCUCUGCAGCACACUACCAAUCAGGCCUUUAUGGUUGAGUGGCCAGACAGAAGCCACUACUCAGUAAAAGACACAUGACAGCCCGCUUGGAGUUUGCCAAGAAGCACCUAAAGGACUCUCAGACCAUGAGAAACAAGAUUCUCUGGUCUGAUGAAACCAAGAUUGAACUCUUUGGCCUGAAUGCCAAGCGUCACAUCUGGAGGAAACCUGACACCUCCUUACAGUGAAGCAUGGUGGUGGCAGCAUCAUGCAGUGGGAAUUUUUUUCAGCGUCAUGGACUGGGAGACUAUUCAGGAUUGAGGCAAAGAUGAACGGAGCAAAGUACAGAUGACAACCUGAUUGAUGACAACCUGCUCCAGAAUGCUCAGGACCUCAGACUGGGGCGAAGGUUCUCUUUCUAACAGGACAACGACCCUAAGCACACAGCCAAGACAAUGCAGGAGUGGCUUCGGGACAAGUCUCUGAAUGUCCUUGAGUGGCCCAGCCAGAGCCCAGCCUUCAACCCGAUCGAACGUCUCUGGAGAGACCUGAAAAUAGCUGUACACCGAUGCUCCCCAUCCAACCUGACAGAGCUUAAGAGGAUCUGCAGAGAAGAAUGGGAGAAAUUCCCCAAAUACAGAUGUGCCAAGCUUGUGGCGUCAUACCCAAAAAGACUCAAGGCUGUAAUUGCUGCCAAGGGGGCUUCAACAAAGUACCAAGUAAAGGGUCUGGAUACUUAUGUAAAUGUGAUACUUCCAUUUUAUUUUUUUAUACAUUUGCAAAAGACAUUAACUUGUUUUUGCUUUGUAAUUAUGGGGUAUUAUGUGUAGAUUGAUGGGGGGGGGGGCGAUUAAAUCCAUUUAAAAAUAAGUCUAACGUAAUAAAAUGUGUAAAAAGUGAAGGUCUGAAUACUUUCCGAAUGCACUGUAUAUGAUUGAAAACUACCCACUAGCAAUCUGUUACUUCAUUUAGGCUUAAAGAUUAACACCAGAGGAUUCAAAGCUGAAAAACAAAAGUAUUAAAUCAUUUGUGUUUUUUUUCUUCUAGUGGACCAAGUUUAAGAUGUUUUUUUUGCAAGUGUUCUUGUCACAUUUGAAAAAUAAAAGAUAGAAAAACAA